AUGUCCCAGCCACGCCUGCUCAGCCUGCUGCUGGCGCUGGUCUUCUACUGCCAGGGACAUUCAGCCCAGAUCAUGGAUUUCCUCUUUGAGAGCUGGAAGGCCUACAGCGAGGAGUGUCACCAGAACAUGAGCCUGCAGCCCCCACCCACAGAGCUGGUCUGUAACCGAACCUUCGACAAGUUCUCCUGCUGGCCCGACACGCUGCCCAACACCACAGUCAACGUCUCCUGCCCCUGGUUCCUGCCCUGGCACAGGAAAGUGAAGCACAGAUACGUCUUCAAGAAGUGUGGGCCGGACGGGGAGUGGGUGAAGCGCCCCAGUGGGCAGCCCUGGCGGGACAGCACGGAGUGUGAGAUGGACGCCGAAGACCUCGAAGCCCAGGAUCAAUUUGCCAAAACCUACGGCAGCUUUAAGAUCAUGUACACGGUGGGCUACUCCGUGUCCCUGGGCACCCUGCUCCUCGCCCUGGCCAUCCUGCUGGGCUUCAGCAAACUGCACUGCAUGCGGAAUUACAUCCACAUGAACCUCUUCGCCUCCUUCGUCCUGAAGGGGGUCUCGGUGCUGGUGAUCGACGCCCUGCUCAAGACCCGCUACAACGAGAAGAUUGACGACUACAACGUGGGCAUCUGGCUCAGUGAUGAGGCCGCUGCCGGCUGUCGAGCAGCCACCGUCUUUAUGCAGUAUGGCAUCGUGGCCAACUACUGCUGGCUGCUGGUGGAGGGAAUCUACCUCCACAACCUGCUGGUGCUCGCUGUCUUCUCCGAGCGGAGCUACUUCACCCUCUACCUGUGCAUCGGCUGGGGGGCCCCCAUCCUGUUCCUCAUCCCCUGGGUGGUUGUGAAAUUUUUAUAUGAAAACAUUCAGUGCUGGAGCACCAACAACAACAUGGGCUUCUGGUGGAUCCCCCGCUUCCCUGUGUUCCUGGCCAUCCUGAUCAACUUCUUCAUUUUCAUCCGCAUCAUCCAGAUCCUGGUCUCCAAGCUCCGUGCCCACCAGAUGCGCUACACAGAUUACAAAUUCCGGCUGGCGAAGUCCACGCUGACGCUGAUCCCGCUGCUGGGCAUCCACGAGGUGGUGUUUGCCUUCGUCACAGACGAGCAUGCCCAGGGUACCCUGCGCUAUGUCAAGCUCUUCUUCGACCUCUUCCUGAGCUCCUUCCAGGGGAUGCUGGUGGCCAUUCUCUACUGCUUUGUCAACAAGGAGGUGCAGUCGGAGCUGCUGAAGAAGUGGCAGCGCUGGAAGCUGGGCAAGGACCUGGAGGAGGAGUACAAGCACACGUACAGCCAGACCCCCAAUGCCCGCAACGGGGGCAGCAGUACUUGUGAGAAGCACAGGCUGGUGGGCAGCUGCAUGACUGGGCUGGGGCGGAGUCAGCCCACGGCGCACACCAGCACCCACUACCUCGAGAAGACGGGCUGCAGCACCAACGAGAGGCACCAGUGCUACGAGUUCCCCGAAACGGCCGCCAGCAACUUCUGA